AGUGGGAUUUAACCAUGGCUAAAAUGGGACGGGUUCUUGUAAUUGCGGGUUCUGACAGUUCUGGCGGAGCCGGUCUCGAGGCGGACCAAAGAGUGCUUGCUGCACAUGGCUGCUAUGCCCUAACGGCCACGACAGCCUUAACAGCUCAGAACACUCUGGGCGUUCAAGAUAUCCAUGUUGUUCCCGCAGAAUUCGUCCGCAAGCAGAUCAACGCUGGGCUGGAAGAUGUCGGAGCAGAUGUUGUCAAGAUCGGAAUGCUGGCGUCCGCUGAGACAAUAGCAAUAGUCUCCGAGACCUUGCGCGGGCACAAAGUGCCGUCAAUCGUUUUGGACCCUGUUAUGAUAUCUACUAGCGGCUCCCAGCUUCUUCCAUCUGAUGCGGUGGGAGCAAUCCGCACAAGUCUGCUGCCAAUCACGACAGUUUUAACCCCUAACAUACCUGAAGGAGUACUUCUUCUUCGCGACUCGGGGGUCAAUGUACAAGAUCCUCAAAGUCUCGAGGAUGCUGUCCAAUUAGCCAAGCAACUGCAUGGAUUAGGACCAAGGUACAUCCUACUCAAAGGCGGCCAUUUGCCCCUGACUGCUGCACGACAGCGAUCAAGUGGUGCGGAGGACGCAUCCAUAGUCGUCGAUAUCUUGUACGACGGGAGCUCCGUGACAUUGGUUGAGGCCAAAUUUUCCCGGUCUAAAAAUACUCACGGCACCGGAUGCUCCCUAGCUUCUGCAAUUGCCGCCAAUGUCGCGAACGGGAUGGAGACCGUGCGCGCUGUCAAAGAAGCAUGCCGGUUUGUGGAAGCAGGUAUCAAAACGAGCGUUGACUUGGGCAAAGGCCAUGGGCCUAUCAACCACUUCCACUCUGUUUAUACACUACCCUUUGCACCCGGUCAUUUCCUGGAUUAUAUUUUAGAGCGACCCGAUGUCCAGCCGGUAUGGCAAGCCUUUACAAAACAUGAGUUCGUGGCCCGGCUGGCGGAUGCAACGCUGCCGGUUGAAAAAUUUAAGCAUUACUUGAUACAAGAUUAUCUUUACCUCGUCCAUUUUGCCCGAAGCAAUGCAUUAGCUGCCUACAAGAACAGGACGAUUGACGGAAUUUCGGCAUCUGCCAAGAUCGUACUUCAUAUCGAACGCGAAAUGGCCUUGCAUCUCGACUACUGUGCAUCAUUCGGGUUGUCUAAGGAAGACAUUGAAUGUCGUAAAGAAAGUCAAGCGUGCACCGCAUAUAGCAGGUACAUUCUUGACGUAGGUCAAUCCGAAGAUUGGCUUGGGCUGCAAGUCGCCCUUUCGCCGUGCCUAAUUGGAUAUGGCGCCAUAGCAAAACGCUUGCACCGCGACGAGAAGAGCGUUCGCACCGAAAAUAAGUAUUGGAAAUGGAUCGAGAAUUAUGUUGCAGAAGACUACUCCGAGGCUGUAAAGCUAGGUUCAGAACUUCUCGAGACCCACAUGAGAAGUGUUUCUCGAGUACGAAUGGAAGAGUUAGUGCAAAUAUUCAUUAGGGCCACAGAGCUGGAGAUAGGCUUCUGGGAGAUGGGACUGCAGGGGGAGUGA